AUGCUACCGACGCCUUCGACCUCCCACGUCUGCUUUGAUCGCGUAUACGAGCCAGCAGAGGACUCUUUUUUACUUCUCGAUACUCUCUCGUCGAACUCAGAAGCAGCGUUCCUGCAAAACCGCUUCAGUAAUGCGCAAACCACCCCACCGCUGGUCCUCGAAGUCGGCGUCGGCUCUGGAGUAGUACUGGCCUUCACAGCUGCUAAUGCAGAGCGCAUAUUCGGUCGUGAAGACAUACUAACCAUCGGAACUGACAUUAACAGCUUUGCCUGUCAGGCUGCUGCGCAAACAAUUCGGACUGCAAUCACAGAAUAUGGUCACGGAAAGACAGUAUCGCUAGAUGUGGUCAAUGGUGACCUGGCUUCGUGCUUGCGACCGCGUUCCGUUGAUGUCUUCAUUUUCAAUCCGCCAUACGUGCCUGCUGACCUUCCGGAUUUCGCACGACACGAGAAAUACAACAUUCUACCUGACGGCCAGAAAAAGACAACCUUCGAACAGGACUCAUACUUAUUGGAGCUAUCCUACGCUGGAGGAGAAGACGGCAUGGUGGUGACCAAUCGGAUGCUGGAUCAGAUCCCAGAGAUUCUGAGUAGAGGCAGAGGAGUCGCAUAUGUGCUUUUAUGCGCGCAGAACAGGCCAGAGGCAGUCAAGCAACGCAUUCGGCAGUGGGGGCCCGGCUGGUUUACUGAGACUGUGGGCUCGAGUGGGAAACAGGCCGGGUGGGAGAAAUUGCAGAUCGUGAGGAUAUGGAAAGAGCAGGCCUGA